AUGGCAUGUGCGUUAUUGGGAUCGUCAAUUUGGCUUUUAUUUGCAUCAAGCAAAGGAUUACCUGUGUCUACAACACAUUCAAUAAUUGGAGCAAUUCUUGGAGUUGGAAUAGCUGCAUAUGGUCCCGGAAUAGUAACGUGGAGUUAUAAUGGCGGCGUAUUGAAAAUAAUUACAUCAUGGAUUAUUUCGCCUUUUAUUGCCGGUGCAGCUGGAGCAUUGAUUUUUUUUAUAACUCAAUAUUUCAUAUUAGAAGCAGAUGAAAAUUCGUUUGAAAGAGGUCUAGUUGCCGUUCCAGUAUAUUUUGCAAUAACAAUGGGAAUCAAUAUACUUUUUUUGGUAUAUAAAGAGGAAAUGGCACCAGUUGUUAUUGGUGUAUCGUUAAUUUUAGCAGCAUUCUCCUAUUUUUUCUUUGCUCAAUGGAUAAGACGUAAAGUAAUCGACGGCGAAGAUUUGAAAAUACGUCAUAUAUUUAUUGUACCUUUUAUGAAUCCACGUUUCAAUUCCAAUAAUGCUCUUUCGGGAGUGUUUGAUACAUGCAACUCAAAUGAUAGUUCCUCGAAGAAUUCCGUUCGUAUCCAUGGCCAGGACUUUGAAAUAACGACGACUCAACAAGGCAUCAUAUUAGAAAUACAAGGGAACAAAUCAAUGAUACGAAUUUUUUUUGAUAAAAUAAUAAAGAUUUUAACGUAUAGUUUAAAUAAGGAUGUGGCAACGUACAGGAAAGAAGCACGUCAAGACUUGUAUGAUGUUGCUCGCAAAUAUGAUAAGAGCACCGAAUCGUUAUAUACUUUCUUACAAGUUUUGACUUCGGCGCUUGCUUCAUUUGUACAUGGUUCUAAUGACGUAGUCAAUGCAGUUGGGCCACUAGCAACAGUACUUGAAAUAUACCAACAGGGAUCAUUAGGCAGUUAUGGUCAGAUACCAGUAUGGGUGUUGGCAUUAGGUGGAGCUGCAAUUGAUAUGGGUUUAGUGUUUUAUGGGUAUAAUGUAAUGAGAAGUUUGGGUAAUCAGAUUACCUAUCACUCUCCAAGUAGGGGAUUCUCAAUGGAAUUGGGCACUUCGUUAACAGUAUUAAUGGCAUCCCGAUUAGGCUUACCGAUAUCAACUACACAAUGUAUUACGGGCGCUACAAUAGGCGUAGGGUUGUGUAAUGGCACCCUUAAAGCCAUCAAUUGGAAAAUAGUUUUAUGGUGUGUGUUGUCUUGGGCUUUGACGUUACCUAUUGCAGGGAUAAUAUCAGGAGCAAUUUUUUAUUUUAUUAUAAACGCGCCAGUGAAUCAUCUCCGUAAAGUAAAAAUAAUAAAAGUAAGAAAAAACACUAAAGAAACUGAAAAAAUCAACGGUGAUGGUGGGAAGGGUGAAAAUCUUGAUAUUGUUGUUAUUAACGGUGAUGAAAAUCCGAUUACCUCACAACAAAAUAAUGACACUUUGAUGACUUUAGAAAAUCAAGAUCAAGAACUUAAUAUCAUAAAUGUAAACAAUAAAAAAUAUGCCAUUUAUAAUGAUGAGCAGGAUAAUCUUUUUAUCGAGGAUGAAAAUGGUGAUUCAAUAUCUUCAUCGAUAUCUUUACUCCAGGGUAGAAGUGACAAUACCAAAUCUGGUAGCAAUACAAAUUUUAAAAAAUGUGAUGAUAAAUAA